AUGAGCUCACUACAAGGCGCGUUGCUGUUACACGGCUGCGAGGCACUUGAAAUCGAUGGAAUGAACAUUGUUUUGGCUAAAUUUAGUAAACCGUGCCCAUUCCAUUCUCACUUUAUCUUACAUCCCUGCACGGAUACAGGAACAAUCUCCAAUUAUUCCAGAAGAAUGUCAUCUCCGUUUCCAAAUAUAUACCAGCUGCGCAGAGUGGGCACUGAUAGCGCAAAGCCGUGUGCAGUAUGUUAUAAGUCUACCCAGGCCGUGCUAGUGUCGGCACCGGAUUUUUUUUACGUUUGCGAGUCGCAUUUGAAGGACAAGCAGUUCUGUACGGUAAAAUAUGCAGACGGUGAAGAUGGAAAAGACGCAGAGUACCAGUCCCUUGAUAAGGAAGUCCGGAGCUUAGACCUAAAGACUGCGCAGAUCCAGCACAAGAUCCAGCAGCGGGAGUCUCAACUUGCCAAAGUGCGAGACUACCUCUGGAAACCAAAAGACGGCGAAAACCAGCCAGAUCUGAAGCAACAGCUUGCGGAAAUAAUAAAACAGCGUGACCAGGCCAGGGUUAAACUAGAAAAAUUUAUCAAAGCCUACACAAGAUAUACGCUGGACGCUGUCUUCUACAAAACCAGACUCCAACAGCAUAGCAAGAAAAUUAGACAGCAGCAGAUCAUGCAGAAGCUGAACGACGGGACCCUGUUCCCUUCCAUUCCUGACCUUCCCAAGCCCUAG